GGGGUCAAAGUCUCAGCAAGCCUUGAAGCACUGGACUAUGAUUUCCUAAACGUCAUGCUAAACUCUGCCUAUACUCCAGAGUAAAACAGCUGCAACAAAUGGAGAUUCCAAUAUUUACUGUUGAUGCUUUUACUAAUUUACCUUUUAAAGGUAAUCCUGCUGCAGUAUGUCUUAUAGAGAAUGAGCUGCAAGACAAUCUUUAUCAAAGCAUUGCUGCUGAGAUGAAUUUAUCAGAGACUGCUUUCAUCACAAAACGGAAUUCUAUGGAUUUUUCCUCAGGUGCAAGGUUUGGGUUACGCUGGUUUACCCCCAAAAGUGAGGUUCCACUAUGUGGACAUGCAACACUGGCCUCAGCAGCAGUGCUCUUUUACCUUAAAAAGAAUGUCAACCCCGUUGUGGUGUUUGAGACUAUGAGUGGGGAGCUUCAUGUGCGCCAGCAUGAAGAAUCUCUAAUAAUGGACUUCCCCUUAAACAAACCAAAGCCCCAGGACCAACAUGAAAUCAAGAAUCUCUUGAAAGCUGUUGUUGGAGACUUACCCAUCCAGGAUGUGUGCUACUGUCCAACAACAAGGAAAUUGAUGAUUCGUCUAUCUGACACAUGUGACAGAUCUGAACUUACAUCUUUGAGGCCUGAAGCAGAAGCUCUGCUGAAAAACGAAUCUACUGGGAAGAUUAAAGGUGUCAUUGUUACAAUGAAAGGAGCUCCAAACGCACAGCCUGGAUAUGACUUCUAUUCCCGUUACUUUGCCCCUUGGUUUGGGAUCCCUGAAGAUCCAGUCACUGGGUCUGCACACACAGUUCUUGCUGGCUACUGGUCUGAAAAGCUGAAUAAAAAGAAAAUGUUGGCCUACCAGUGCUCCAGUCGUGGAGGUGAACUGGAGCUGGAGCUGAGGGAUGAUGGUCGACUCAACAUCAGCGGUCGGGCGCAGAUCAUUCUUCAGGGAACUCUUAAAAUCUAGACAACUUGCACAAUACUCACUGAAUCUUUGAAUUGUUUAAUGGGAAUCAUGUUCAUUUUCUUUCUUAAUAAAGAGCCGCAAACUGA